AUGGAGAUGUCAGCGUUCCGUGCUACCUAUCAUGCAGAUCACAUCUCCCCCCUGGAUUCAUCCCUUCUUUCCCCUCUCUCCCCUCCAGAUCGCACCCGCCAUUUGGAUUCAUCCCUUUCUUUCCCCCAUCCCCUUCAGAUCGCAACUCCCCCCUGUAUUCAUCCCUUCUUUCCCUCCCUCCCCUUCAGAUCGCACCCGCCCCCUGGAUUCAUCGCACCCGCUUCAUCUCCUCCUUUCCCCCCUCCCCUUCAUAUCGCACCCGCCCUUUGGACUCAUCCAACCCUUUCCCCCCUCUCCUUCAGAUCGCACCCGCCCUUUGGAUUCAUCCCCUCCUUUCCCCCCUCCCCUUCAGAUCCCCCCACCCCCCUUAGAAUCAUCCCUUCUUUCCCUCCCUCCCCUUCAGAUCGCACCCACCCUUUGGACUCAUCCAACCCUUUCCCCCCUCCCCUUCAGAUCGCACCCGCCCUUUGGAUUCAUCCCCUCCUUUCCCCCCUCCCCUUCGGAUCCCCCCACCCCCCUUGGAAUCAUCCCUUCUUUCCCUCCCUCCCCUUCAGAUCGCACCCGCCCUUUGGACUCAUCCAACCCUUUCCCCCCUCCCCUUCAGAUCGCACCCGCCCUUUGGAUUCAUCUCCUCCUUUCCCCCCUCCCCUUCAGAUCCCCCCGCCCCCCUUGGAAUCAUCCCUUCUUUCCCUCCCUCCCCUUCAGAUCACACCCGCCAUUUGGACUCAUCCAAACCUUUCCCCCCUCCCCUUCAGAUCGCAUCUCCCCCCUGGAUUCAUCCCUUCUUUCCCUCCCUCCCCUGAGUCUUUCGAUUCUCCCAAGGGCGCGAGGGUGCACCGAGCGCCCACGUCGGCAACAGACAGUGCAGUGGGCAUGAAAGGCAAGGAGCCAGAUCGCACCCGACCUUUAAAUUCAUCCCCUCUUUUCCCCCCUCCCUUCAGACCCCCCUAG